AUGGACCCCGGGGUCUUAUUACCCUUCCCUACCUUCUUCUGGCAAGGUCCGCUACGAGUUACGGAUUGAACCCUCGAGUCUGAUCUUGUUGUUCUUUGUCUGUUCGGUCGUGGUCACCGUUUGAAGACCGCCGCUCUUCGCCUCAUGCAGAGUACCUCUCUAUAUUGUUGAUAAUAAAGACUCAUCUUUACGUCUUUCUAUAUUUAUAUCCUCCAUGACUGGACAGUCCAAACCAGCACGCCUCUCCCCAUGGGGAAGUGCUGUCGCAGGUGCAACUGGCGCUGUGCUCGCCAAUGCCCUAGUAUAUCCGCUUGAUAUUGUUAAAACCAAGAUUCAGGUUCAAGUCAAGAGUCGGAAAGACACGAGCAGCAACACUGAGGCCACACCCCACUAUGAAUCUACGCUAGACGCGAUCAACAAAAUCUUUCAAGAUGAGGGACUGACGGGUCUAUACAACGGUAUCAAUGGUGCCCUUAUCGGAGUCGCAUCCACCAACUUUGCAUACUUUUACUGGUACUCCGUUGUUCGUGCUUUAUAUAUCGCUUCGGGUCGCGGGUCGAAUACCCCCGGAACAGCUGUUGAGCUUUCGCUCGGUGCAGUAGCUGGCGCCAUUGCACAGAUAUUCACCAUCCCCGUAUCCGUUGUGACGACUCGCCAACAGACGCAAUCAAAGGAUGACAAGAAGGGACUACUUGAAACUGCUCGCGAGGUUGUUGAUGGUGAGGAUGGCUGGACUGGUUUGUGGAGAGGUUUGAAAGCCAGUUUGGUUCUGGUCGUUAAUCCUGCGAUCACGUACGGCGCAUACCAAAGACUCAAGGAAGUUUUGUUCCCGGGCAAGAAUAAUCUGCGUCCAUGGGAAGCAUUCGUGCUCGGAGCAAUGUCGAAGGCAUUGGCAACUCUGGCUACGCAGCCAUUGAUUGUCGCUAAGGUUGGUCUACAAUCGAAGCCUCCACCAAGUCGUCAAGGAAAGCCAUUUAAGGGCUUUAUCGAAGUGAUGCAAUAUAUCAUUGAACACGAGGGAACAUUAAGUUUGUUCAAGGGCAUCGGUCCUCAGAUUGUGAAGGGUCUUCUUGUUCAAGGAUUGCUCAUGAUGACCAAAGAACGAAUGGAGCUUGCGUUCAUUCUACUCUUCGCCUAUCUUCGCAAGUUCAAGGAAGAGAAAUUGAAGAGGUACGCAGAAAGAGCCGCCGCGACCGCUAAGACGAACCUUCCAGUUACGCUUAAAUGAUUUAUCUACUUCGGGGUGUUUUGUUUUUCUCAUUCAUACUUCUGUAGAGUUUAUAUGCAAAUUUUGGGCUGCCGCCAUAUGAGCUGGGACACGCUGUUUCUUUCUUCUUGGAUUGGAUGUAGAUAACGUGUUAAUAGAAUAGAGGUUUGUUGUAUCAGAG